AUGUCGCCAUCGAACUCGGUGACUUCAACUGACGCAACGUCUACAUCUACUAUCGACAUUGUGCGGAGACGCUCUGGCAUCGUACCGAGCCAGCCACCCAUGAAUUCACCCUACAUUUAUGCGAGCAAGACUAAAGACUAUUUACAUCAGCCCAAGCCCCAGCAACAACCUCUAUCUUCUCGACACUACGGGGCGCUCCAGGAACAUGCCGAUUUUGUUGUCCGAGACUACACUGAUGUUGAGGUUCCUACUCCCCGCCAUGACACCCGUCGCGGAAGCAUUACUUGGGGAUCGCGAACACCUCACGAAGAACAAACGCAGAAGCACAAUCGUAACCAAAUGAUGCCGGAACGGAUGGUCGAGUCGACGCCGCCAAGCAUAGAAGAACUUGUACGCAGGACAACGUUCGAUGAUGGUAUCAAUACCCGAAGUUCCAGUCUCAUGCACAUCGAUACCAUCGUCAGCCGUCCGUCUACUACACGUUCAUCCACUCCUGGAACCGACAUCGAUAUCAUGACAAGAUCCGACGCAAGAAGGCCAUCCGUCGGUGGGCUUGCGAGGCGUAUGACUAGGCGUAUACCUGACAUUAGGCUUCACCACAUACACAUGAAAGGAACUUUGGACAGGACGGCAAGCCAGAGCGAGGAAGACCCAGAAAUAGUGCUGUCUACUCAGAGCGAGAAAAAGCUUCGUAAACUAUCGUUUCAACUCCCAUCUGGCCUGAAGAUGAAGAAUCCACCCGAGUUACUACAUAAGUCUCCCCCGGCCAUCGAGGAAACCCCCGUAUGCGAAGCGUUUGUCAACACUAGCUUACAGAAUACAUUACCGAAAUGCGGUAGUCUGGCGGCGCGAAGACAUGUCAAGAUGGAUUUGACGCUUCCCAUAGAACCUCCUAGUUUGUCCAGUCAUAAGAGAUCGCCUCCUGGCGACACCACGAGCAGCAUCACUCCGGCGCGCCCCCAGAGCCCCAAGACACCCUGGAUCGACGAUCAGCAGCUCAACUGGGGUCGCGAAACAAAGAAUAAGCCCGCCAAAAGUACCCCAAUCAUCGAAGAGACCGAUCAGGCUUAUCACGGUAUAAUGGCGCAGAUCAAUUCGGAUGAUGUGGGUGUUAUAUCUGAUCCGAUAAAGGCAUUACCCACGACAGCAAGUCCUCUCGCAAGUUCAGAUUUUGUGCGUCCGCCUCAGAAGUUCCGUGAUCGCUGUUACAUCGGUCGCCCCACAGUCAAACGUAACAAGAGCGGAGGCCCCAGUACUAGCGAGUCAGACUUUGGAAGUACGCCGGAUGGCCACUGGACACCGGGCAUCGAAGAAGGAAUGACUGAACAAGAAAUUCGCACACGGGAUGAGCUUGAUGAGCUGGCGAAAACGUCAAAGACUGCGCGCUCCCGUCGCUGGCCUUGGACAAGAUCGAAAGCUUCUGGCUCUGAUGAGCCAUCGCAGGACGAGCGUAGCGUCAAUCGUAUGAAUAUGUCUGCCAAUAUCUUCAAACGCUCCAAUCGCUUUCCAGAAAUUCCGGAGAAGGAGGAAAAAGAGAAGAACGAGAGAAAGGGAAAAAAACCACACAAGGGACUUGGCCCUCCCUGGCGGCGGGAAAAGUCCGCAGACAGACCACCUCUCUCUUCAGCUUCUCUCGCUAAUAUUUCCGUCCCGCCAACGUUUGUGCCUCCAGGUUGCGAAAAGUUCCAAACGCCGCCCAUGUUCGAUGCGGCUAGUGAGGUUAGAGGUAAACUUGCAGACUUUUUCUUUGAAUCAGGAGGGUUCUCGUCCACCAGAAGGAAGCAAAAUACUAGCUCUGGUGGCUACUGGGAUUCUGACGCGAUUCUGAUGAGCAUGCAAACCGACAUCCACCUCACUAACGAUGAGAAUGACGAAGAAGGACCGGAAGGUCGUCCACCAAUUGCAUUCCACUUCGGCCCCGUCAACGACACACCAGGCAACACAACGUCUCCCGGCCUCAUGACUAGUCCAGAAGGCUACCUUACUGUCAAAGACUCUGGUACCGGCGCUUUACCUCUCACUCCAGGCGCUGCGCGGGAUUCCUGGUUCCGUAUGCACUAUGGAGACUACACGCGCGAUGAAAAAUCAUUAACUGCUGCUGCUCUCAAAGAAGCUGAUGAAAGACGAAAGUUUGAGUGGCUCGUUCCCGAUCACCUCCCCAAUAGCCCGCUCUGCCCGUUGCAUGUCAAAUAUGUAGGCCCAAGUAAAGGUCUUUGCUAUUGGCACGGAAGGAAGAGUAACGGCUGGGGCGUUGAAUUGGGGAGAGACUACGUCAACCGUCCUGUCACAAUCGGGGGUAGCAGUAGUGCUGGGUGGGACACAGGCAGGAUUGAGAGGCCAAAGGAUGAGAAGAAGAGGAGGAGGUUGCAGAGUUUGAGUAGUUCUUGA